GUGCGCUGUUCGGCGUCCCCCGGCGCCGACGUGUCGGGCUCCGGCCGGGUGUUGGGCUGUCCCGGGCCCAGGACCGUGGCCGUGCGCUACACCUUUACGGAGUGGCGCUCCUUCCUGGACGUGCAGGCCGAGCUGCAGCCCGACGCACUGGGCUCCCAGCCGCCGGACGCGCCGUCGGGGGGCUCGGGAUCUGAGCACGAGGAUGCCGAGGAGGUGCCAGGCGCCGAGCGCUUCCACUUCUCGUUGUGCCUACCUCCGGGCCUGCAGCCCCAGGACGAUGAGGACGCGGACGCACCGGGCGUCGCUGUCCACUUCGCCAUCUGCUACCGCUGCGCGCAGGGCGAGUACUGGGACAACAACGCGGGCGCCAACUACACGCUGCGCUACGUGCGCCCCGAAGACGCGCUCUGAGCCCGGCGUUCCCGCCCCAGAGCACUUCUGGAGACUGGGGACCUGCCCGCGGACCUUCGGCACCCUCUCUCGAGGGACCUGCUGGGACACUUCGCCGAGAGUGGUGGAUCUGGCGUGAAAUGAACUUGGAGCGAAAGGCGUGGGGACGCUGAACCGUAACUCGCACCCAAAGCAAACCCAGCGAGCUAGCGCACACCGAGAGCCCGCGCAAAGCUGCGAACGUUUCCGGCCUGCCUUUUCCUCCGCCCUUCCUAGACCGUCUCUAGAACUCACAGCCUGCCUCGGAAUGGGAAGAAAUCCCCAUCACCCCAAGCUUUCUUCAAGAAACGGCCCCGACUCGGCGCGGUUUUCAGACCUCGGGGACUGUUUUAAAUCUAGAUGUCGUAUUUUAGCCCUUGCAGCUUGCUGAGACCCCCAGGGAAAAGACAAAGCGCCCUGCCCCGUGCACCGAGAGAAAAACGCCUGACUGUGGGCAGACGCGCUGGAAAUUCACAACCCGGCCUAUUUCUCAGAGAAAAGGGGAUGGGGGCCGGGCCAGGCCGCCUUUUUAACUGGGAUCUGGGAACUGUUUGCCCAGACUUGGCAUUAUUUACGAAGGCGAUUGUGCACAAAUGUUCUUUUAGAAAAGUAAAGGCCACUUGCACAC